AUAAUUUCAAUGGACAAUGGAAAAGAAAAAGGAAAAGGGAAAAUAUGAAAAAUGUUCUUUCUCUAUAGUUUUUGUUUGUUUAUUUUUGUCCAUAAAUGAAUAUUGUUCGAAUUAAAAUAAUCUUGAUUUGUAUUCUCAUGGGGAAUCUACCGAGAGAAUAAUGUGAAAGAAACGAUAAAACAAUGCAACCCCUUAUAUCACCAGUGGACCAUGAGACACGCAGGAGCUCGUUCCAACGUGAUGAAGAAUCGCAGGCCAGGCCAUCUGAAGACACUCCACUCAUCAACAGAUUUCCUGACAACCACAGGAUAAGGCAGAGGAACCUAGUCACUAUAAUAACUGUUGGCUUCCUGCUAUCUAUUUUGUUAGCAGGCAUCGUAAUUGGCAUUUACUUAUUGAUUCUUCAGAACAACUCAGAGAACAUCCUACCACCGAUCGACGAUACGCUCCAAGUUUUAGAAGUUCCACAAUUCGGGGAAUCACUCAGCUUACAAGAGUUAACAGAGGCUACGCGUGUGUUAGUCACGCACACAUACACGCGGCAAUGUGACGUCACAGCUGAAUGUUUGCAGUUGAUCAACGAGAUACAGAUGGCGAAUAACAAGGAAAUGGCUUACAACUUUUUGGUUUCAUCAAACGGUUCGUUAUUCCAAGGCCUUGGCUGGAAACAAUAUAUGGAUAAUCCUCCGUCUACACUUAUUGUAGCUUUUAUUGGUAAUUUCACUGACGUCAGCCCGCCGCAGCCGCAAAUCAACGCAUUCAAUGACUUCCUUGCCAAAUCUGUGAGACUACACUUUUUAUCUUCCAACUACACUCUAAUCGGUAGAAAUACCAAAAAUAUUCCAACGAAGCUGUUUGACAGUUUGUCUAUCAACACAGUAGAAUAAACGUAUUGAAUAUGAGCCCUUUACACAAUGGGCAGCGUUGGGCGGGUAGAGGCAAUCACGAUAGUGUGAUAAGGCCUAAAUGUCUAUGAUCGGCAUUGUAGAUGUUUAUUUAUAAUCGCCGUAAUGGUGGCAAACAUCGACGAGCGUGUUGGGCCAUCGCUGCAAUGCCAAUGAGUAGAGGACCCUUAAGUGUAUUUGUAGAAGAAUUAUUCCUUUCUAAGUGGUUUAGACUUGAUAUAAAUGUUAUAGUAAGGCAUUAGAACUUUGUAUGUAAAUUUUUGGAUAACAAUAUUUAUCGUCUCUUUGAUGUUAUUAGUCGUUUUCGAUGUGCGUAAAAGAUAGAUAAGAAGUGAAACGGUAUUUAUACCUAACGCCAUUUUUAAAUUUAUAUUACAUAGUUUAGAUUGUAUCUCGAAGGAAUAGCCUUUAUAUUAGAUACAAGCUGAAUUAUUCAGUUAACUUUAACGUGGAGCCCCAACCCUGCUCCAUCCGUAUGAACUCCAGCAAUUACCUAUAGGUACACGAGUCCUCCUAGACAUGUUUUCGCCACGCUUAAUUUACAAAUUACUACUCACUAUUCGCAUGCAAUAUCUACAAUUACAACUAUAAUGUGGUUCACAGAUUAUAUUUACAAACAGCAUUAGUAUGUAGUAAAUCUUAAAGUAGUUUUAUCAUUAGGAGAAUUAAUUCGCGUUGUUUUGCGCGAUGCAUUCGCGAUUUCGCCAGCAUUAACAUUACAUUUUUGCAGUUAUAGGAGAAUGGGUCUCCAGCCUCCUCACUCAUCAUAGUAUAGCUUAUUGUCAUUGUGAUGAUGAUCUUGUUGUGAGAAUGAGAUGACUUAUUGGCAAACACAAUAUUGUAAAAUCGAGUUCAGAAACGCCGAUGUCUUGGGUGUCAAUUAAAAGGGACAUAUGAGCCAAUUCUUCUAAAAUAUAAUUUUGGAGAAACGACCUCGAGAUUUGCAAUACACUAAUUCAUACUUAUUCUACUGGCUAAAGAAUUCUACUCUACGAAAGAAGUUACUGCUCAGGUCAAUAGUACCUUUCUCCUGUAGGUGUUGUGACCACUUAAUGAACCUGAGCAAUAAUUUCUUUAUGAAUAAUUUCAUGAACUUUUCUUUUAAUCGGACUUUGGAUAUUUAGGAUUGAAAAUUCACGUGUUUGUUUACUUUGUUGUUAAUGCUGCCAGGCUGUUGAAGAAAUUUGGCGUUUAUAGACUUCGUGGGCUCACAGUAUUUCUAUCACUUGUACAAUUUGAUAUUCUUUGGUUAGAAGUAUCAUGAGAUUUAUAGUUUGUCUAAUUUGAGAAAUAUCAAGCGACCAGUUCAUGAAAUUAGUUUGGCAGCUCCGCCCCGCUAGCCAACGUGGUCUUCAACCAUAUCUGCAAGUCCCCCGGAUCACUCUUAUACUGUUAUACAUAAAAAGUAUAUAAGAUUGAUCAUUAGCACAGAUGCAUGAAUGGAAAGAAGAAAAAACAUCCUUGUAAUUUACAAAAUUCUUUACUGAGAGAAAACUACACAAUAAUAAAAUAACUAACCAAGCGCUUAGGCAAAAGUAAUUCAUAUUCAAGUCAUAUUAAAGUAUCUGUGCACAUUCUUAUAAAUAAAUACAAGGGCAACUAUAAAAUUGAAUAAAUUGUUUGUACUAUAUAAUUAUAAAUUGUAUAAAUAUAACAUAUCAUAAAUGUUAUAGUAAAGCAUUAGAACUUUGUAUGUAAAUUUUUGGAUAACAAUAUUUAUCGUCUCUUUGAUGUUAUUAGUCGUUUUCGAUGUGCGUAAAAGAUAGAUAAGAAGUGAAACGGUAUUUAUACCUAACGCCAUUUUUAAAUUUAUAUUACAUAGUUUAGAUUGUAUCUCGAAGGAAUAGCCUUUAUAUUAGAUACAAGCUGAAUUAUUCAGUUAACUUUAACGUGGAGCCCCAACCCUGCUCCAUCCGUAUGAACUCCAGCAAUUACCUAUAGGUACACGAGUCCUCCUAGACAUGUUUUCGCCACGCUUAAUUUACAAAUUACUACUCACUAUUCGCAUGCAAUAUCUACAAUUACAACUAUAAUGUGGUUCACAGAUUAUAUUUACAAACAGCAUUAGUAUGUAGUAAAUCUUAAAGUAGUUUUUCAUUAGGAGAAUUAAUUCGCAUUGUUUUGCGCGAUGCAUUCGCGAUUUCGCCAGCAUUAACAUUACAUUUUUGCAGUUAUAGGAGAAUGGGUCUCCAGCCUCCUCACUCAUCAUAGAAUAGCUUAUUGUCAUUGUGAUGAUGAUCUUGUUGUGAGAAUGAGAUGACUUAUUGGCAAACAAAAUAUUUUAAAAUAGAGUUCAGAAACGCCGAUGUCUUGGGUGUCAAUUAAAAGGGACAUAUGAGCCAAUUCUUCUAAUAAUUUUGGAGAAACGACCUCGAGACUUGCAAAACACUAAUAUAUACUUAUUCUACUGGCUAAAGAAUUCUACUCUACGAAAGAAGUUACUGCUCAGGUCAAUAGUAGCUUUCUCCUGUAGGUGUUGUGACCACUUAAUGAACCUGAGCAAUAAUUUCUUUAUGAAUAAUUUCAUGAACUUUUCUUUUAAUCGAACUUUGGGUAUUUAGGAUUGAAAAUUCACGUGUUUGUUUACUUUGUUGUUAAUGCUGCCGGGCUGUUGAAGAAAUUUGACGUUUAUAGACUUCGUGGGCUCGCAGUAUUUCUAUCACUUGUACAAUUUGAUAUUCUUUGGUUAGAAGUAUCAUGAGAUUUAUAGUUUGUCUAAUUUGUGAAAUAUCAAGCGACCAGUUCAUGAAAUUAGUUUGGCAGCUCCGCCCCGCUAGCCAACGUGGUCUUCAACCAUAUCUGCAAGUCCCCCGGAUCACUCUUAUACCGUUAUACAUAAAAAGUAUAUAAGAUUGAUCAUUAGCACAGAUGCAUGAAUGGAAAGAAGAAAAAACAUCCUUGUAAUCUACACAAUUCUUUACUGAGAGAAAACUACACAAUAAUAAAAUAACUAACCAAGCGCUUAGGCAAAAGCAAUUCAUAUUCAAGUCAUAUUAAAGUAUCUGUGCGCAUUCUUAUAAAUAAAUACAAGGGCAACUAUAAAAUUGAAUAAAUUGUUUGUACUAUAUAAUAAUAAAUUGUAUAAUAAAUCAUAAAUGUUAUAGUAAGGCAUUAGAACUUUGUAUGUAAAUUUUUGGAUGACAAUAUUUAUCGUCUCGUUGAUGUUAUUAGUCGUUUUCAAUGUGCGUAAAAGAUAGAUAAGAAGUGAAACGGUAUUUAUACCAAACGCCAUUUUUAAAUUUAUAUUACGUAGUUUAGAGUGUAUCUCGAGGGAAUAGCCUUUAUAUUACAUACAAGCUGAGUUAUUCAGUUAACUUUAACGUGGAGCCCCAACCCCGCUCCAUCGGUAUGAACUCCAGCAAUUACCUAUAGGUACAUGAGUCCUCCUAGACAAGUUUUCGCCACACUUUAUUUACAAAUUACUACUCACUAUUCGCAUGCAAUAUCUACAAUUACAACUAUAAUGUGGUUCACAGAUUAUAUUUACAAACAGCAUUAGUAUGUAGUAAAUCUUAAAGUAGUUUUUCAUUAGGAGAAUUAAUUCGCGUUGUUUUGCGCGAUGCAUUCGCGAUUUCGCCAGCAUUAACAUUACAUUUUUGCAGUUAUAGGAGAAUGGGUCUCCAGCCUCCUCACUCAUCAUAGUAUAGCUUAUUGUCAUUGUGAUGAUGAUCUUGUUGUGAGAAUGAGAUGACUUAUUGGCAAACACAAUAUUGUAAAAUCGAGUUCAGAAACGCCGAUGUCUUGGGUGUCAAUUAAAAGGGACAUAUGAGCCAAUUCUUCUUAUAAUUUUGGAGAAACGACCUCGAGAUUUGCAAUACACUAAUACAUACUUAUUCUACUGGCUAAAGAAUUCUACUCUACGAAAGAAGUUACUGCUCAGGUCAAUAGUACCUUUCUCCUGUAGGUGUUGUGACCACUUAAUGAACCUGAGCAAUAAUUUCUUUAUGAAUAAUUUCAUGAAAUUUUCUUUUAAUCGGACUUUGGAUAUUUAGGAUUGAAAAUUCACGUGUUUGUUUUCUUUGUUGUUAAUGCUGUCAGGCUGUUGAAGAAAUUUGACGUUUAUAGACUUCGUGGGCUCGCAGUAUUUCUAUCACUUGUACAAUUUGAUAUUCUUUGGUUAGAAGUAUCAUGAGAUUUAUAGUUUGUCUAAUUUGUGAAAUAUCAAGCGACCAGUUCAUGAAAUUAGUUUGGCAGCUCCGCCCCGCUAGCCAACGUGGUCUUCAACCAUAUCUGCAAGUCCCCCGGAUCACUCUUAUACCGUUAUCGUUAUACAUAAAAAGUAUAUAAGAUUGAUCAUUAGCACAGAUGCAUGAAUGGAAAGAAGAAAAAACAUCCUUGUAAUCUACACAAUUCUUUACUGAGAGAAAACUACACAAUAAUAAAAUAACUAACCAAGCGCUUAGGCAAAAGCAAUUCAUAUUCAAGUCAUAUUAAAGUAUCUGUGCGUAUUCUUAUAAAUAAAUACAAGGGCAACUAUAAAAUUGAAUAAAUUGUUUGUACUAUAUAAUAAUAAAUUGUAUAAUACUACUUAAUAACGCU